AAUAAUUCAACUGGGUAGGGAACAGAUAUAAUCAAUCAAUCAUUCUGCUUAUACUAAAGUUACCACACCUCAAGAUUUAGUUUUUAGAUGUUGUAUUUCAAGACAUUUGUCUGGUUUUUUUCUCGUUUGUAGGACUAAUUACCUAAGUUAUGAACCUCAUAACAUGCCUCCAUUGCUAAUUCUAAAAUGUCAUUUUUGAGGUAGUAGUAAUUAGAGAAAGAUUAGAUUCUGUGUCUCUCAACAGUGUGUGUGUGUGUCAAGAUAUUUUUAAGGUUCAGUCAAGGUUAUCUGAAAAUAAUUUAUUUGGUUGAUAAAAGUUAUAUAUAAUAUACUUUUUUAAAAAUAAAGUGAAUGCCCUUUUUUAUUUUUUCCUUUUCACGUGUUAAUGUGUUCUUGAAGACAGUCCAGACCAGCCUUAAAAUGAGCCAUGUAUCAGUUCAGUGAUUCACGGAUGUACCAGUUCUGCAACGGUUGGAUUAUUCAUACAUUUCAAACCUACACGUCACUUGGCAAAAGAGGUCUGUAAGUGAAGUUCAACAUGUGAAGCUUCUCCAGCUCUCAAACCACGUGUUAAACUUACUGGUUUUCCUAGUGAAUAUAAUUUCAGCGACAGUUAGUUGGCGCUAUUGUCUUCAAAAGUAGUGGCCAUUAGAGGCACACUAGUGACCAAGGAGGAGAAAAGGCGGUAGAUUGGAAACGAUAGAUGCUCCACUCUUUUAGAUGCUCCAGUGAUGGGGAGGAGAGAGAGAGAGAGAGAGAGGGUGUGGGUGUGGGUGUGAGGAGGCGCUGAAACACUUGAAGAAAAGUUGUAGCACGUGCUUUGGUUUAUUUUUCCAUCAUUCGUUCUGAUGGAUUUAUCAUAGUUCUGUCAUUUUAUUUUACUGACUUUUUCCCCUCGGGGACUAUUGCAAUGGACAGCACGGGAGAUGGGUUUAAGCGAACUUAAGAAACAGAAAUAAUAUGAACUCGAAAAAACACGGAUCACAUAUUGAUCACAAUGAACCGUAAUGAAGGAAGAGAAUCAUAUUAUCGUUUGCAUGACUCCCAGUUUUCUCCAGCAUGGGUGGACCCGGAGAAUUCAACCGCACUUCCGAAUCUUACCGAGGACACUACAUCCAGCCCAAAUCUUGAUGUAAUUACAUCUAGUCCAGAUCUUCAGUGGCUUCUGCAGUCCUCUUUAUUUUCCCAUUCAGAGGCCACCUUGGGAGCAUUUUCCUCAUUCGGACCCACCACCAUGCCCAACUGCCCCUGUUUGUCACAGUGCAGUCCUGACCCGUCCUGGAAUGGAGCAGUGGGGGACAGUUCAGUGGGACAUGAUAACAAAAAUAUGUCCUCUGAGGAUCUUGACAGGAUAAGGAUCCGCAGGGAAAGGAACAGAGUAGCAGCUGCCAGGUGUCGGGACCGUCGUCGGAUGCUUAUAGACACAUUACAAAAUGAGACGGAGCAUUUGGAACAUGUGAAGACACAACUAGAGGAAGAGAUCGCUACUCUUGAAAGAGAGAGAGAGAGGCUGGAGUUGGUUUUUGAGGCACACAUGCCCAUCUGCAAGUUAAAUAAUGACCCAAACCCAGAAUAAUUACUGAUGCUGGUCAUGUUUAGUGCUGAGUCUGCUGGUUCAGAUCAGCUGUGAAUUAUAUAACAUAAUAAGCCUAUAUUUGCUAUAGUAAGUAAAAUGUUUCAUUGUAUUUCAGGGAUACCUUGAGGAUUAUUAUCUUGCAUGCACAAUUCGUUUGACUUGUUUUCAUAAUAAACCACAAUUUCAAAUGUCUUUGUUACUCUGUCAAAUGUUUUUGGUGUAGCCACAGGUGUGGAGCUUCGUUGGG